GGAGGGAGGGCUGAUGCAUGGAGGAGAUGCUGGACCUGCGGGCUCCGACCGUGUUGCUUUCAGAAAAGCCACUGGCAGAAGAUCCGGACCAUGGUGAACAUGCCCGUCAUCAGCCCUUUCAGGAAGCGCUACGCCUGGGUGCAGCUGGCCGGGCACACGGGGAGCUUCAAGGCGGCGGGCACCAGCGGGCUGAUCCUGAAGCGCACGCUCAAGCCCGGCCGCUGCCUCCGCCUCCGUAGGACCUACCUGGAAGAGGAGCUGACCAAAGCCCGCGAACGACCCAAGCUGCGGAAGGACAUGUACAAGAAGAUGCUGGCCGUGGACCCCGAGGCGCCCACGGAGGAGGAGCACGCGCAGCGCGCCGUCACCAAGCCCCGCUACAUGCAGUGGCGGGAAGGCAUCAGCUCCAGCACCACGCUCGGCUUCCGCAUCGAGGGCAUCAAGAAAGCGGACGGAUCCUGCAGCACAGACUUCAAGACCACGCGGAGCCGGGAGCAGGUGAUCCGAGUCUUCCAGGAUUUCGUGCAAGGGGAUGCGGAAGUGCUGCGGAGGUAUUUGAACCGCCUGCUGCAGAUCCGGGACACCUUGGAGGUCUCUGAGUUCUUUAGGAGGCAUGAGGUGAUCGGCAGCUCCCUGCUUUUCGUACACGAUCACAGCCAUCGCGCCGGUGUGUGGCUCAUCGACUUCGGCAAGACCACGCCCCUCCCUGACGGCCAGACCCUGGACCAUCGGAGGCCCUGGGAGGAGGGCAACCGCGAGGACGGCUAUUUGCUGGGGCUGGACAAUCUCAUUAGCAUCCUGGCCAGCCUGGCCGAGAGAUGAGGCUAGGGACUAGGCCCCUGUCCCCGCACAGACCCGCUGGUCUCACAAAUGGACCUGCAGCUUUGUCCCCGCUGUGCAUGCUGGGAAGAGACAAACCCAGAGGUUGGGGUGGUUCAUAGGGUCCUGUAGGGCCACGUGCCAACCACUGUGGGACGCACUGCACGCACCAAGGCUGUUCCCUAUACAAACCCAAGCGGUCCCAGAGCCGAUGACACUAAGUUAGGGGGUGGGGGGUACACUGUGACAAUGGACUUCUUCCUGAGUCCAGCUAUUCUGAGGGGGCUCUGCACUUCUCCAGAGAGGUGAGAUAACGGAUUUUAUUUCACAGGCACUAGAUCUAUUGAUCUAUCCUUCCCACACUACAAUGGACUCCCCUCCCCAAUAAAACUCAAAGACACCAGCUUUGGUGACUCAGACUUCA